AUGGCGAAACAAUGAAUCGCGGCUGUGAUGAGCGUUGCACGUGUAAUCGUGGCGAAUGGAUUUGUGUACCACGUUGCAUGGGCAACACUUUCAAACUGGUUGGCGGUGCUCCGCAUAUGGAUUUGGAUGGGCAAGCGCAUUGCCGACAAAUGGCCGUCGAUGAAUGUUGCGCGACUAUGGAAUGCGGUCUGAUGCACACAAUUGGCUCCCCGGAAGGUGGUGUGAAUGCUUCCUCACAAACGCCACGUCCCGACUGCCACCACAACGGCAGCGUAUACAAAUUUCGUGAACGUUUGGAGAUCGGCUGCGAACAGAUCUGUCAUUGCGAUGAAGGCGGUGUGAUGAAUUGCAAACCACGUUGUCCGGAGCGCAAUCACACGCGCCUCGAUAAGUGUGUGUAUGUGAAAGAUCCCAAGGACGUUUGCUGCCAACUGGAAUUGUGCGAUGUCACACUCGACGAUCACGAACAGACAGCAUCGCCACCCACAGCGCAAAACUCGAUUGGCGACGAGCACUAUGGCCCCGAGGAGGCGCGCGAUCUCUCCGGUGGACACGAGCAGCGCGAUUGCGAAUACAAGGGACAACAUUACCGCGAUGGUCAACAAUUCCACGAUGGCUGCGAACAGCUAUGCAUUUGUACGCUCGAAGGUGUACACUGUGCCAAGCUGCAAUGCCCCUCAACUUUCGGUUUGGAUUUGCUCAAUCCACAUUGCUUGCGCUGGGAACCGGAGCCAGCUGAUUUUGAAGCCAAGGCACCGAAUUGCUGUCCGGAGAAGAUGCGUUGUGUGGAUAACGGCACCUGCGCUUACUUGGAUCAGACAUUCGACAACUGGUCACCCAUACCGACCAAUCUUACUGGUUGUGAGCAGCAUUGCUAUUGUGAGAACGGUAAAGUUGAAUGUCGGCCAGCUUGUCCGCCCGUGCUUGCCUUGCCGCCGCCCGAUUUGCCCUGCCAUCCGGCGCAGGCACGUAUUCUGCCCAUUCCCGACGAUGAGUGCUGUAAACACUGGGCCUGCGCGCAAUUUGCGCCCAAACUGAGUGGCGGUGAUGGUGUUGAAGCUUCCACUGCCUUGCCACCACCAAUGCAUGGAAUUAAUGAUCUAAGCGGUAAAUAUUGGAAACAGUUUUUAAGUUAUAUAACAUCGUAGCUCUUUUCAAAAGGUUCACAGGUGAGGGAGGAGGCUUGGGUAAACAACGAGUUGCGAAUUAUUGGGAUUUAUUUAGGAACUUUUAGCUUUAGGGUUGGGUAGCUUGCAUGAAAUGCCCAGCGCUUAAUCCAUGAACGCAUGAGCAAAAAUGGUCGACUAAUGUGCUCGAAAU